GGACGGCGCAUGCGCGGUGCGGCGCGCGCCCGCCCGCCCGGCCCGGCUGGUGCGUGCGAGGGAGAAGAUGGCGGCGGCGGGGGCGGCGGCGUGAGGGGCCGGGAGGGGCCGGGACCGCCGAGCUCCCCGGGGACGCGGGGCGCCAUGGCCCUGCACGGCGCGCAGUAUAUUUUUGGGGAGUUCAGCCCUGAUGAAUUUAAUCAGUUCUUUGUGACUCCACGAUGCUCUGUUGAGCUCCCCCCAUACAAUGAAACAGUUUCAUGUGGUAUUAAAUCCACAGGGGAAGAGUAUCAGAGAAUUGAAUUUGGUGUUAAUGAAGUUAUCGAGACUCAGUCAUCUGUCCUAAAUAACACCGACUACAGUAUUUCGAGUACUCUGAAUCCUCAGGCUCCAGAAUUCAUUCUCAGCUGUGCACCAGCUCAGAAAACCCCGGAUGAUGCUCUCAGCGACACAAACUACAACUCCAUUGACUGCCAGUUCAGUGACCCCACCCUGGCUCUGGACAGCGGCUCCAACGCCGAAAACGACGCCUUGGCUGGGGGCCUUGGGCAGAGGGAACGGAAGAAAAAGAAAAAAAGACCCCCUGGAUACUACAGUUACCUGGAAGAUGUCCCUGACGGCGUGGCUGCCCCGGAGGCGCUGGUGAACGGCCACGCCUCGGCCGCGGGGCUCAACAGCCUGAGCGCGGAGGACACGGAGCUGGCCGGAGACCUCCCCUCCCUGGCCACGCCGAGGACUUGCAGCAGCCCCGCCAGCUCCGUGGACUUCCUGGCCGGAGCUGCGUGUGCCGAGCCCGGCCCCGGCGCCGCAGCCCCCGGCAGGACUGCCGGGCAGCCCGAGGUAUGCCGCCUUGCUCAUUCUGAACAGUUCUGCCUCCCCUCGGAGGCCGUCAGAGAGAGCCCCCUAAGGACAGCUGUUGUACAGGCUUAUGCUGGUACUGAUACUACUGAAACUCUUGGCGUUACUAAUGGACAAACACUUGAAUCCUCUGGUGAGGACACAGCUGCCAAUGGGGUAGAAUUGCACACUGUGGAAAGCACUGACUCAGACCAAGCUAAGCCUGAGGAAGCUUCACCUACUACUGAGGCAACGGUCCCGCUUGCAGGAUCAGUCCCUGUUAAUCAGCCUGCAAAGUCGUGGGCUAGUCUUUUUCACAAUUCCAAGCCCUCUGCUUCCACAUCUGUGGUCUAUGUUGAGACUAAGUAUACCCCUCCUGCCACAUCUCCUCUGGUCCCUGAAAAACAGGUUGAAGUCAAAGAGGGACCUGUUCCAGUUUCAGAGGAUCCCGUAGCCAUAAAGAUUGCAGAAAUACUGGAAAAUGUAAGACUAAUACAUAAACCAGUGUCUUUGCAACCCCGAGGGCUGAUCAACAAAGGAAACUGGUGCUACAUCAAUGCUACCCUGCAAGCCUUGGUUGCUUGCCCUCCAAUGUAUCAUUUAAUGAAGUCCAUUCCAAUGUAUUCCAAAUCGCAGAGGCCGUGCACCUCCACACCAAUGCUAGACAGUUUUGUUCGUUUAAUGAAUGAGUUCACUAAUAUGCCUGUACCUCCUAAAGCAAAGCAAGCUUUAGGUGAUAAAAUAGUGAGAGACAUCCGACCAGGAGCUGCCUUUGAACCAACCUACAUUUACAGGCUCUUGACGGUUAUAAAGUCAAGUCUGUCAGAAAAGGGCAGGCAAGAGGAUGCUGAAGAAUACUUGGGAUUUAUCCUCAAUGGACUACAUGAAGAAAUGCUGACCCUCAAGAAACUUCUCUCUCCACAUAAUGAAAAAGUGUCGGUGUCCAACGGCCCCGAGGCUCAGAGUGUUCCCAAGGAGGAGGAGCAGGAGGAGCAGGGGGAAGGCAGCGAGGAUGAGUGGGAGCAGGUGGGACCCCGCAACAAAUCCUCGGUCACUCGCCAGGCUGACUUUGUCCAGACUCCAAUCACUGAUAUUUUUGGUGGUCACAUAAGAUCUGUUGUUUACCAGCAGAGCUCCAAGGAGUCUGCCACGCUGCAGCUUUUCUUCACCCUGCAGCUGGACAUCCAGUCGGACAAGAUCCGCACCGUGCAGGAUGCCUUGGAAAGCUUGGUGGCAAGGGAGUCUGUGCAGGGCUACACCACAAAAACCAAGCAAGAGGUGGAGAUCAGUAGAAGACUCACCUUAGAAAAGCUGCCCCCUGUUCUUGUUUUACACCUCAAACGCUUCGUGUAUGAGAAGACUGGAGGAUGCCAGAAGCUGAUCAAGAAUAUUGAGUACACUGUUGAUCUGGAAAUCAGCAAAGAGCUACUAUCUCCUGGUGUGAAAAGUAAAAUUUCAAAAGGCCAAAGAACCUACCGGCUCUUUGCAGUUGUGUACCACCACGGCAACAGCGCGACGGGCGGGCACUACACGACGGACGUGUUCCAGAUCGGGCUGAACGGGUGGCUGCGCAUCGACGACCAGGCCGUCAGGGUCAUCCACCACUCGCAGGUGGUCAAGGCGGCCCUGGAGCGCACAGCCUACCUCCUGUACUACCGCCAGGUGGACCUGCUGUGACCCCGCCCCGCCCCGUAGAACGCCAACAUCACUAACUUUUUUUCCUGUAAAUGCUCUUCUGAGUGAAUUUUUUUUUUGUUUUGUUUUUUUUUUUUCAUUUUUUUUUCCUCCUCCUUUUUAUUAAUUUUUUUUUUUGUCCCCUUGCAACUGUGGGAUGGAGUGGUAAAGGAAGCUGUCGUUUGUGCACAACAUAGUUUGUGUUGAGUUUUGACUUUGCAGAAUGAAGUGGCUCGGUUGGAAGCCUCGUGAAUCACACAAAAAAAAAAAUAUUAAAAAGAAAUAAAGUUCAUCCGAGUUAAUGCUGAAUCCUAAGAUAAUAAAAAAGGGGAUUUGCGUUGAAUUCCCACUUUCUAAUUGCGUAGUAGAAGAAAACCCUGCACCAGCAACAGAACUUGUAGAUUUCUGUGAAAAUGUUUUAUCUUUACUUCAGUAAAAAAAGAAAAAAAAAUUAAAAAAAAAAUAAAAAGCUCUCUCUGCUUCCCCAAUAGUUUUUUGAUAAGUGGUAAAAUAUGAGCCGAUGUGUAUGAGAUGGAAAUGGUCCUUUGUGCUUCAAAACAUGUACAAACUGCAGAGUUGCUGGUUCCUGAUAGGAAGACACAUUUUAAUAAUUGUGCGAUGAGAAACUGCUUAAGUACACAUUGCAGAUCAAAUAUUUGGAGUUGAGAUGUUAGUCUAUAUAGAUGGGUGAUUGUAACUUUAUUGCUAUUAAGAAAUUUCAAACUGCAUUUAUGCUUCUGUGUACAUGAAAUUAAGAAAAUGGGCAAAAUAAUUAAGAUUGAUAUUUCUUUAAGUCUGCUUUGUUUAAUUUUGCUGUCUGCUCUCCUAUAAUGUUGAGUUCCUAAUUGUACACAGUUUAGUGAUACCUAGAAGUAUAAAGUUGUCGCCCAUCAAUAAAAGUCACAAAGUUGGUUUAA